UUCAAACCCCACGCCUAAAUUGAAUCUCAACCAACCUUAUUUUUAACAGAGGUUUUUAAAUUUCCAACUUCAAUUUCCCACAAACCCUUUUCAAACAUUCACACAAUCCAAAUCCAUAUCAAUACCAACAUGAUGAUCAUCACCAAAAUAAAACUAUGCAGUUUGUUGCCCGUCUAUCUGCUAUUCUUAUGUAAUUUGCCCUGUUGAUUGGAAUGAAAAUAUACAUAUAUAUCUGCCAUCGAAAUUAGCAUUUGAUUCUCAAUAGAAAUCCAAACCAACACCACCUUUGAUGAAAUGUUGAAACUGUGGAGAUGGUAUAAGAAUUGUUUAACCAAACAUCCCGUUAAAACGCAGGUGAUCAGCUCCGGUUUCAUUUGGGGACUCGGUGAUCUUGCCGCUCAGGCCGUUACACGCGGCACCACCGCUACCAAGAACAACAAAUACACUUUUCUUCCUGAGGAUGACAAAGAUUUACAUAUCAACUGGAAACGAGUGGUUACCACAAGCCUAUUCGGGGCGGCGUUUGUCGGGCCAAUCGGGCAUUUCUGGUAUGAAGGUUUAGAUAGAUUUUUACAAUAUAAAAUCCAAUACCCGCCUAAAUCUAUGCGAUUUGUGGCUAUGAAAGUGGCGCUAGACGGGAUCAUAUUCGGGCCAGUGGACUUACUAGUGUUUUUCGCGUAUAUGGGCUUUGCGUCAGGGAAAAGCCUUACGCAAGUUACUGAAGAGGCGAAGCGCGAUUUCCUGCCCGCGUUGAUAGUGGAAGGCGGGAUAUGGCCGAUGAUUCAAGUGGUUAAUUUUCGGUUUGUGCCGGUUAGGUACCAGCUUUUGUAUGUGAAUCUUUUCUGCUUGUUGGAUAGUUGUUUUCUUUCGUGGCUUGAGCAACAACAGGAUGCUGCUUGGAAACAAUGGUUUAAGACGUUUUCUUUUGAUAGGUAUAAAAGGAGGGGUGGGUGAUUGUUUUGUCCAUUUUAGUAGUGUGUAUUCUAAUUUUUUUGAUAUUAUUUAGCACAAUCGAAUGAUAACUAAAUAACAUCUAAAAACUUACUUCUAACUUA